GUGAGAGCACGUGUUUCUUGCUCCUCUAAACUUAAAUCGAGUCAGUGAAUCGUGACUGUGGCUUGUUUGAUUGGAUUGAGAUUGUUUUUGUGAACGUCGUAAAAUAAGGAAAGGGAGAUAACGGGUGCACUCGGAGGUAAUCAAGAGUUUCUACUACAUUAAGGCAGUUAUAACUGUAAUGUUAUUUAGGUGUUCCAGCUGCCGGUGAACACCAGAUGCUCGCCACUGAGGGUCUGAGGGUUCGCGCUAUAAACACAAUGUAAAAUCUCCUUCAUCACUUCUCGACCCACUCCUAUCAACAUGGAGCUCGAAGACGUCGAAAACUACGGCAACGGCAACUUCACUUACGACGAAAACGGCACCUACAACGGCACCGCCUUCGAGAACUGCCCCAACAUCAACAUCCCCGUCGUCUACGUCGUCACCCAGGUCCUCUAUGCCCUCGUCUGCAUCGUCGGCCUCCUCGGAAACACCCUCGUCAUCUACGUCGUCCUACGAUACUCCAAAAUGCAAACCGUCACCAACAUGUACAUCGUCAACCUAGCCAUCGCCGACGAAUGCUUCCUCAUCGGCAUACCCUUUUUAAUCACAACUAUGUCCCUCCGAGCCUGGCCUUUCGGCAGAUUCAUGUGCAAAGCUUACAUGAUCUCCACUGGAAUCAAUCAGUUCACCAGCAGCAUCUUCCUAUGUAUCAUGAGCGCCGAUAGAUAUAUAGCAGUCUGCCAUCCAAUAGCUGCGCCGCGUUUAAGAACACCGUUCGUUUCUAGAGUAGUCUCCGCUGCCGCUUGGACUGCUUCUGCUCUCGUUAUGACUCCUAUCUUCAUGUACACAACUCUGAUACCGACUGAAAACGGACUAUCAUGCAACAUCGUCUGGCCAGAGCGAGAGUUCAACAAAGGACAAACAUCGUUCACUCUUUACUCUUUCGCUCUCGGCUUUGCAGCACCGCUGACUCUCAUUUUCGUCUUCUACUGUCUCGUCAUCAGAAAAUUAAAAACUGUCGGACCAAAGAAUAAGUCUAAAGAGAAGAAACGAAGUCACAGGAAAGUGACGAAGUUGGUUCUAACGGUGAUUGCCGUGUAUGUGCUUUGCUGGUUGCCAUAUUGGGCGUUUCAGGUGGCUUUAAUCUACUCGCCACCCACGGAAUGCGCUAGUCGCAUAACAGUGACAGUUUUCUUGGUAGCCGCUUGCUUUAGCUACAGUAAUUCUGCUAUGAAUCCGAUCCUCUACGCAUUUCUGUCGGAUAAUUUUAAGAAGAGUUUUCUAAAGGCGUGCACGUGUGCGGCAGGGAAGGAUGUGAACGCGACUCUGCACGUGGAGAACAGUGUGUUUCCGAGGAAGCGGGGUGGUGCUGCAGCGCGAGCGCAAGCGAGAGCUUUGAAUGAGACUCGUGCAAGUCUUUGCGUGCCUGUUGGAGGUCCGUCGCGUUCUGACGCGUCGACGGCAGUGACUACUAGGUCAGCGGUGCCGAGUGAGGCGUUCGCGCUGGAGCCUCCGCCGGGGCAGAGCGCGCCCCUGCUGGCGCCCAACGGGGUCACCUCGCGCAUGUGAGUGCGGCCGCGGCGCGACCGCGAAGCCUCGAGCGUGUGUGUGGAGGAGGACACACUCAUAGUGUCCUUAGACUAGAGUGGUAGAGAGAUGGACUCAUUGAGCGGGGGUGCGUGACGCGAGCCCCGUCGCGCACCGCCGCUAUAUACGAAUUGUUCCUCUAAUUCUAGUGUCAUUAUCGUGUAAAAAGGUGUUUCGGCCUAGGGUUGUAACGAUGAAUUUAUUAAAGUGUAGUUUUGUAUGUCAUCGUAAGUGGGGAUGUAAAAAUGUACAUAUCGUGUAAAUAUUCAUAUUUGUCACAUGUCUGUUGUAAUAAAAUUACAUU